AUGUCUGCCUCUCUGAUUAACCGUUCGUUGACCAAUAUUAGAACUGAACUAGAUUUCUUAAGAGAAUCAAAUGUUAUAUCGGAUGAUGUUUUUAACAGAAUCAACGAUUCAUUACCUGAGAAAUAUGAUCCUAACUCCUCUAGAGAUAAUUCCAACUCCAACCAAGAGGAAUAUGUUGAAGCUAUAUAUGAUUUUCCACCCCAACAAGAUGGAGAUUUAGAAUUAAAAACAGGUGAUAAAAUCCAAAUUAUAGAAAAACCUUCUAAUGAAUGGUAUAAAGGUAAAUGUAACGGUAAAGUUGGCAUGUUCCCUUCGAAUUACGUCAAACCUGCAUUUUCGAACACCGCUCCAAAGGAUUCAGGCUCUGUUGCAGGACCACCAAGAUAUGCAAAUGAUAAUAAAUUAGAGCAACAAUAUACAAACCAUUCUUCUCAAGCAUCCUAUCAACAAUCCUCACAACAGCAAUCUCCUUACCCACCUCCAUCUACUAAUUAUUAUCAACAAACACCCCCACAACAAAUUAUCUAUCAGUCUCAACCUCAACCUCAACCUCAACAAGUUGUUGUUGAACAACCACAACAACAUAGUAACGGCUCUAGCCAGAUGAAAAAAUUUGGUAGUAAACUUGGUAAUGCUGCUAUCUUUGGUGCUGGUGCCACGUUAGGUAGUGACCUGGUAAAUAGUAUAUUCUAA